AUGCCUGGUGAAGUGAUUGAUCGACCGAACCCUGCUCCAUUGGAGAGUCACCUGCCCGAUGCUGUUCUAGAUCUGGCGAGGAAGGCGCCUAAGACGGAUCUUGAUAAGAAGAUCGCCCAAUCGCUUAAUGACUUUCAGCAUGCCGCGUGCUACAUUGCUGGAUCUAUGAUCUUCUUGAGAGACAAUGUGCUCCUUGAACGAGACCUCAAGACAGAAGAUAUCAAGCCUCGCUUGUUGGGACACUGGGGAACAUGUCCCGGUAUUAUCCUUGUUUGGUCGCAUCUAAACCUCCUCAUCCGCAACCAUGAUUUGGAGAUGAUCUUUGUUGUUGGACCUGGCCACGGUGCUCCUGCUGCGCUCGCAUCACUUUGGCUCGAGGGCUCUCUUGAGCGAUUCUUCCCGCAAAAGUAUGGCGUCAACAAGGAUGGCUUGCGAAACCUCAUUACCGGGUUCUCAGUUCCUGGUGGUUUCCCCAGUCACAUCAACUCCGAAACCCCAGGAUCUAUCCAUGAGGGUGGUGAGCUCGGUUACUCCCUGGCCGUCUCAUUCGGUGCAGUCAUGGAUAACCCGGAUCUGAUUGUUACCUGCAUUGUUGGAGACGGUGAGGCCGAGAGUGGUCCUACUGCAGCCGCCUGGCACUCCAUCAAGUACAUCGACCCUGCCGAGUCAGGAGCAGUCAUUCCCAUCCUCCACGUCAACGGCUUCAAGAUCAGCGAGCGCACCAUUUUCGGAUGUAUGGACAACAAGGAGCUUGUUAGUCUGUUCUCUGGUUACGGUUACCAGCCCAUUAUUGUGGAGACCCUCGAGGAGAUUGACGCCGAGCUUUCUGGAGCACUCGAGUGGUCUGUCAGCGAGAUCAAGAAGAUCCAAAAGGCCGCGCGAGAUGGAAAGCCCAUCACCAAGCCCCGCUGGCCCAUGAUUGUCCUCCGAACACCCAAGGGCUGGACCGGUCCUAAGAAGGUCGAUGGAGAGUUUAUCGAGGGAUCUUUCCACUCGCACCAGAUCCCUGUUCCCGGAGCUGGCAAGGAUGAGGAGCAUGUCAAGAUCCUCCAGGACUGGCUCAAGACUUACGACACAGCUCAUCUUCUCAAGGAUGGUAAGCCCGCAGACAGCAUCUUGGAGAUCAUUCCCCAGCAGGACGAAAAGAGACUUGGACAACUCAAGAAGACAUAUGACCCUUACCAGCAACUGCAGCUCCCUGACUGGAAGUCUUUCGGCGUGGAGAAGCUAUCCCAGGACAGCUGCAUGAAGCGAACUGGUGACUUCUUGAACCAGGUCAUCAAGGAGAACCCCAAGAGCUUCCGUAUCUUCUCUCCUGACGAGUUGGAGAGCAACAAACUUAGUGCAGUCUUCGAGAACACUGGUCGAAACUUUCAGUGGGACGAAUUCUCUCGCGCCCAGGGUGGUAGAGUUAUUGAGAUCCUUUCCGAGCACUGUUGCCAGGGAUGGAUGCAGGGCUACACACUUACUGGCCGCACUGCUCUGUUCCCUAGUUACGAGUCAUUCCUCGGCAUUAUCCACACCAUGAUGGUUCAGUACUCCAAGUUCAACAAGAUCGCUCGCGAGACCAGCUGGAGAGGCGACCUUAGCUCCAUCAACUACAUCGAGACCAGCACAUGGGCUCGUCAGGAACACAACGGUUUCUCCCACCAGAAUCCAUCAUUCAUCGGAUCCGUCUUGAACCUCAAGGCAGAGGCCGCUCGCGUCUACUUGCCCCCCGACGCCAACUGCUUCCUUAGCACUAUCCACCACUGCCUCGGCUCCAAGAACUAUGUCAACUUGAUGAUUGGCUCCAAGCAGCCCACUGGUGUCUUCCUGUCCCCCGAAGAGGCUGCGGAGCACUGCCGAAAGGGUGCCAGUAUCUGGGGGUUUGCUUCUACCGACAGUGGAAAGGAGCCCGAUGUGGUGAUCGCGGGUAUUGGUGUUGAAGUCACUUUCGAGGUUGUAAAGGCUGCCGAGAUUUUGCGGGACUGGAUCCCCGAGCUUCGAGUCCGCGUUGUCAACGUCACCGAUCUUAUGGUCCUGGCUGCCGAGUCCCGUCACCCCCACGCGCUCAGCCGAGCCGACUUCCUCGACAUGUUCACCGAAGACAAGGCCGUAUGCUUCAACUACCACGGAUACUCUGCUGAACUUCAAGGUCUUCUGUUCGGUCGCCCGGGCCUGCACCGCAUGACUGUCGAAGGAUACAAGGAGGAGGGUAGCACAACUACACCUUUUGACAUGAUGCUUCUGAACUGGGUCAGCCGAUUCGAUGUCGCUAAGCGUGCUCUCAAGGGCGUUGCCGAGACCAACGACAAGAUCAAGGCUAAGCUCGACGAGACUCUGAAGAAGAUUGACGCUCGCGUUGAGGAAGUUAGAAAGUACAUUCGGGAUGAGGGCAAGGACCCUGAGGAUCUUUACGACAUGCCCAAGUUUUAG